ACUAUAUGGACCCUCCUACUAAUAGAUGGCAAAUAUUUGGGCGUGUAUAUAUGGAGUUUUGGUUGGCCAAAAGCAAUCAAAUGGACAAGUUGAUUUUUGCAUUGUGCAUAUGCCUGACAAAUAUCGGCGAUGUGCAGGGCAGUUUUCUGCGAUUCACGAACAUCACGUGCGAGAGCAAGGAUCUGAGCACGAACUCGAUAGAGUAUUGCUAUGUCGGGCAUUUGGAUCGCCUGAGAAACUAUAUAAGUGUGCGCUAUAAGCUAGCUCAGCCUUUACAAAAUGGCUUUUUCUUCCGUUUCAGAUUGAUGAUCAGAAACAACAAUAGCUGGCAGCCGUUUCUAUAUGCCAUCGAUAUAGACUUGUGUCGCUUCUGGAAGUCGCGCUAUAAUGCCAUAGCCAAGCUGUUGUAUGGCCUAAUUGAGGGUCACACCAAUCUGAACCACACCUGCCCCUAUACGGAAACGUUUGUGACUGUAGACAGAGUGCUGAACACGGAUAUAUCUAAGAAAAUACGCGGCUUGCCCUUGGGCAAAGGACACUAUGCGGUUUUCACCAGCUGGUCCUGGAAAAACGCAACACGAGCCAUAACAAAUAUUUACCUGGAGGUCUUGAAUGAUUAACCAGCUAAGUAUAUUGUUGGGCUUGUUUAGAUUGAACAAUUAAAAAUACAUUAUAAUCGAAAUCAAAUAAUUUUGUGCGCUUAUUAUACCCUGUACUUACUGCAAGUGGGCAAUGAUAAACUAGAGUGUUUGUUCAAUUCGGCAGUGCAUAUCUCAUAAUGAUAGGAAAACAAAAUGCCAGACGCUUAAAGAAAUUGUUUGCUUAGUUUUUUAAAAUUUUUUUAAAUAUUUAUCAACGUUU